CUAUUGUUUGUGCUAUUUGAAAUAAUUCAUUAACAACCUAAAUGGGUCCUAAGAGGAAUAGGAAUAAUCUUCGAAAUGGUGCAUUUUAUUGUCGACGCCAAAAUAAUGUUGCCAUGUUUUUUAAUAUCAAUGAUUCACAGCCUCCAGAUCCCAACAUCAGAGAGGCUGUCUUUCAAAUGGACGAUUUCUGUCAAGAAGUCACCAACUAUACAUGUGCACUUGCAAAUGGUGAACAAAGUGGAAGAAUUGUUAUUGGACAGUACGCUGACGAUAACUUGUCUGGAUAUAGCUACGGAUCAGCUGAAAAGGAUCGACUGCGUUCAGAAACCAUCGCAGCUAUCAAGGAAGUUCACCCAAAAAUACCAGGCAAAGAUUACAGAAUGCAGUUUGUGCCUUUCUUCGAUUCUGACGGCAAACCUCAAGGAAACACAGAAUUUCUUGAGAUAAGUGUUAAAGGCACCAGGAAGUCGUGGCAAAGGAACAUGUACAGAAAUGCAAAUCGAGAAAUAUACACUUUCCGUGAUGGUAACGUACGUGAGGCCAAAGGAUACGAAAUAGAGGAAAUAUUACGAAGGAGAUAUCACAGUGAACAAGACAAACUUAGAAAUGGAUUUAAAAGCGAAAUGGAAAAGUUACAGGCUGAGAAGAAAAGGAUAGAAGACAGCUUACAAAAAUAUACUGAACAAUUCCUAAACAUAAAGAUGAAAGAAUUUGAAAACACAAUAGACCAUAGAAUGGGUCCUAGCGGAGGCUUAAAGAUAGAUGACACUGCCAGGGAACAAACGAAUUAACUAGGGCAUAGUACAGCUGGUGAAAGCCAACGAGAUGACAUGAAAAAAUAUUUUGAAAGAGAACUUAAGUUAUUUGAGGAGAUUGUAAAACAACAGAAGAAAGAGUUAGAAGAUAAACAAGAUGCAUUAAACACAGUAAUGUUAAAACUUCUCCAUAAAAAGGCUUUAGACGAUAACGAAGAAGAUGACGAUGAUAAUGAUAAAGAAGGCGACGCAAAUGAACAGGAAAAGGCCAGUGAAACCAGCGUCCAGAGCUCCUGUCGCAGGAAAAAGGACGAAGCGAAGCCAUCUAAAAUAUGUGUUGUUUCUUAAUUACAGUGUAUAAUUAAAAUGUUGCCAGAGAUUUUGACAACAUGACAAGAAGUCAUAAAUGGUUCCCAGCAGAAGUGCUUCAGUCUGUGAUAUUAUCGUUGUAGCUUUGGUUACCUUCGGGAAAUUUAAUGAAAAAAGUAAAAUUCAAAGGUACUAUUUGAAAUAGCUAAGUUUGAAUUGAUUCUGGAGUGCGGAGUGUGUCGAGUUCUAUAAACUUAAAACAUUUUCAAAAUCUACCGAACAUUAACGACAUACGAAAAUUUAACAUCAACAAAUUAUGCUUUGCGUCAUGUCUUGACCAGCUGAAGGUCGGUCGACAAAAAAAAGAGACUUCAAUGUGUGCUCUUACGAAUUAACAAUCAAUUGAAUUUGAUCUGUUUCAUAUGAUUUUAACGUUUUAAUAGACGUUCAUUGUUUUACAAAAUAUUACGCAUCGUAGUAACCUAAUGUUCAUGUAUAUUUUUUCUAAUGUUCAUGUAUAUUUUUUACCUGGUGUUAUCUGUAAUAAAAAAUUCUGUUAUCUGU